AGCGCGCCAGCGCCGUCGCCGCGGCUGCGUCACGCACACCACACCACCACGACCACCACCGCCGCCGCCGCCGCUCUCCGUCCGCUCCGCCCGCCUGCGUGCCCCUGCCGCCGCCGCCAUGAGUCCGCCGCCCGCUGCCGCCGCGCCGUCGACCGCGCCCACCGGCGGCGGCCCGCGCGGGCCCAAGAGCAAGGCCUACUCCUCCACCGUCGCCGUGCAGACCAACGCGACAAAGUACCGCGGCAAGUACAAGGAGCUCAAGAAGCGCGUCAGCGCCAUCGAGCGCGAGAACGACAAGCUGCACCUCAAGACCCUGCGCAUCAAGCGCAACAUCCAGCGCAUGCGCCUCGAGCGAGCGCUGCUCUACGAGUCGCUCGACGCCACGCUUCCGCCUGCAGUGCCGCACCCGCCGACCGCACGGCCCGAGGCCGGGCUCGAGGGCGCAAGCCCCGCUGCGUCCAGCGUCGUGGCGCCGGUGCGGCCGUCUGCCGUGCCUGGCGGCAGCGUGCGGCAUAGCACGCCGCCGGGCGCCGGCGGCGCACGCGGCUCGGCAGCGACGGGGCCCUGGAGCAGUCCGGCGCAGGAGCCGCUGAGCGGGCCGACGUCGCCGGGCGACGACGACGAGGCGGGCAGCGCGGCGCCGCAGGGCAAUGGCGCUGGCGGCAACGGCAUGAAGAUCACGAUCCGCCGAUCACACGGCGCUCCGCCGGCUGCGGCGCCGGCUGACGAGGACGACGAGGACGACGAUGACGAGUGGUAAACUCGCUGCCUCUCAAGCCCUCGCCGCAUCUCCGCUCGCUCGACACUACACUACUGUACCACCACCUCAUGCAAUCACAGCUCUGACACGAC